GAUCCAGAAGAACAGCUCUCUGAGGUUGAAAACGAAGAAGAGGAAGAUGAAGGAAUAGAGAUAAUGGAGGAGGAGGAGGAAGAAGGCGAGGCGGAGGAAGAUAAGGAGCCUAAACUGGGCUGGGCUAAUCUCCCGGACGUAUGUAUGCGGCAGGUGUUCUGGUGGCUGCGUGACCGCGACCGUGUCAAGGCAGCCCUGGUGUGUCACCACUGGCACCACGUCAUGCGCUCGCCCUCCCUCUGGAGGGUUCGAACCUUCAACUUCUCCGGCCGCAUCUCCAGGACCCGCCGCUCGGAGCUGGAGAAGGCCGUGUGUUAUGCGAAGACCUACGGCUCUUACCUGGAGGAUCUGGAGAUCCGCUUCUCCCACCCCUUCAACUCUCUGGUGUCCCGGCGCUUCCAGCAGACGCUUAGGACCUUCCUCGCCGCGCUGCGUAAAACCGGCGGCCGACUACGCUGCCUAACUGUCAACCACAUGGAGCUGGACCGCGCCGCCUGGUGCCGCAGCAUACGCAAGGCCCUGGUGCGCAGCCUCACCUUCUACCUGCGCCGCGAGGGCUCCCGCCUGGGCUACCUGAGCCUGCGGGGGGCCCGCCUCAACCUGCCCCAGGGCCUUGAGGUUCUGGAGGCCGUGGCUGCAGCUCAGCAGCACAUCCACCUGGGCCGCCGGCCCGGCAUCACCCACCUCAACCUGGAGGACUUCUUCUCACAGCCGCUAGCCGUCUUCAUCAGCCCCGCCUUCCCCCAGGUCAUGAACCGCUUCCAGGGCCUCUGCACCCUUACCCUCAACUACAGCUGUGUGUCGGACGAGCUGCUGGCGGCCCUGUCCGCUGCAUGUAGGAGCCUGGGCGGGGGAGGGUCCCUGCAGACGUUCACUAUACGAUGCCAUAUUCACGAGCCCCACAUCCAGGUGGUCUGUGGGGAUGCCUGGUCCCAUCUGGCCCAGCGUUGUCCCGACCUCCGGGUGCAGAUCACAGUGGAGCGGAUCCUCAACAUGGACAAGCUGGGGAGGAUUCUGCUCAGAGAGAUCCCGCUGCGCUCGCUCAGUCUCACCAGCUGCUACUUCAGUGAACAGGACUGGAGUGCCAAGCCUGCCCUUACCAACCUAGUGCCCUGCUACAGGAGCUGUUUACAGGUGAGGAUUGGUUGCUCUACCCGUCAAUACGCAGUAGCAGUCAGCUAUGGAGCAAUGAUGGCAACACUUAGGCUACUGGUUUGUUUGGCGAUAAAGUAUGCACAUUGUGCGGUAUAUCAACUGUUUUUAAUGUACCUGCAUUGUAUUUUUAUAUCCAUGCAGUUCAGACACUAGUCCUGGACUAGGCUUAAUCUAUGUCAGGGAAACCGGCCCCAAGAGACAUGACUCUAAGGGCUGGAUUCAAUCCAUAUCGCAGAUGUAUCGCGGUAGAUCUGUGUUAUAGCUCAAUUUAAAUUUAAAGGCUGUUCCCAGGUUUGUGGAGACUGCAUUCACAGUAAACGCUGCAUAUGUCAGGUCAAUCGGAAAUUACCUUCACAUUUUCACACGGAUCUUCCGCAAUACGGAGUGAAUCCAGCCCUAAAUUGUCAAUAGGAAGUCAGUGGCACUCAUACUUUAACAAAAAACAGGAAUCCAUGUUGAAGUGUUGUGAAUCUGCCUCCACCCCAAUUCCUUGGUUUAGAAACUGACCUUGGACCUGAACAACAGCCACGAGUCUGUGGACGAGGAGCUGCUGGAGGUGGUGCUGCUGUGCAGCCGGCUGGUCUACAUGAAGGUCUGGGCCUUCCUGGACAUCAGCUUCCUGGACCGGCUGCUGCAGAAACGCCUGGAAAAAAAGAUCAUCCUAAGGACCAUUAAGGUGAGCCAGCGCUCUGGGAGCUAGGGCAAGGCCAUAUAGGCCUACACACCUGUGUACCAAUCUAUGUCCUGGCAUUGACGUGAUUUACUAACACACGCUCCACACACUAGCCAGCUGUGUUCUCCUGCCCAGUGAACUGGGAUAUUGCAGGCAUUUUAAAGUGUGUUUGGGUCAUUAAUGAAACAGCCUUCAGCUGGGCAGUCAGCUUUGUCAGUUCUUAAAGGGGCAGGUCACAUUUCCUUCCUCUUCUACUUUAACAACUACGGAUGACACUUAAUGUGUUGUACCUAGCUAUAGCAAUGUGCUUAUAUUAUGUGAGCAAUAUACUGUGUAAGCUGCUUGUGUUUGUGCCCCAGGUGCGGAUCUACACCAACAAAUAUGAGACUCCGGAUGAGGAUGAGCAGCUGGAGGAGGUGUACUCUCGCUACAGACAACUCAUCAACUCAGAGCUCCACUACUUCGCCAUCUCCUACCCAAUGCUCUGA